GGUUAAUCCACGAGGCUCACCGGCUCCUCUUUAUCUCAUCAUGCCGUUGCAUCCUGCUGCAUCCUGCUGCAUCCCGCUUCCUUGGCGAGUUCUUCGUCCUCAGAUCGAUUGUGCAUUAGAAGACUAUAUAUAUCUGCGCUUCCGUGUCUCAGUGACCUCACGGAGCAAGCGGAGGCGUAAAUACGUGAUUAUCAUCUUAGGUGAGCUCGUUGUGAAAGGGUGAAGAAUGGGGGUCCCUUUGCGCGGUCUCGUCGCGACGCUCAAACGUCAUAUGGACAAGUACACUAUAUAAGGACCCUCAAACUCCAGUCUCAUCCCUCAGCUCAAGUCAAGAAAUCACAAGGCACUACUGGCACUACUUGAUUGAUCUCGACCAUCACCAUCAUGUCCGACCGCGGCCAGUGGCAAUCCGACUUUGUCGAAUACAGUCCCGGCGACGUCGUCGAGUUUGAAGGCAAGAGAUAUAGGAACAUCCAAGGCCAUCGAUCACAGCCCGAUUGGCCACCUAACGCAACUCCUGCUCUCUGGGAGGACAUCGGAGGCUCAUGGAGCGGCGGAGGCGGUGCUCCGCAAUACGGCCAACCUCAACAACCUCAGCAGGCACCACCUCCGAAGUGGGAGAGUGCUCCGCAAGCGCCCAACACCGGAUACACUACAGACAGCGGCGUCCAGGUCGAACAGCAUGAGACCGAGAAGAAGUGGUAUGAUCUCGACGACGGGAAGAAAGACGCUCUGCUCGCUGGUGGCCUCGUACUCGGACUUGGCGCACUCGCGGGUGGCGCCUACUAUGCACAUGAGAAACACAAGAAGGGAGGCGAAGAAGAAAAAGCCCAGGCUUGGGAGUUGCAAAACUGGAUGGUCGCUGCACGUCAGCGCACCGAGGAAUUCUUACGCCAAGGACCUCGUACCCCUGUGACUUGGGUGUACAGUGAAUACCUCGAUCGUCCUGAACUUCGUAACAAUCUCUUGCUCGGCGGCGAAGAGAACGGACAGCCUUGGUACAUUGCUAGAGCACCGCACAUCGGCGGACUUCAACCCGGAAAGUGCAGACCAGGUGUCGGCGCGUUCUUCGGCUUCGGACACGAAGCGAUCCACGUCAAGCAAUACGAGACGCUGAUCGGCGACUCACGUGGUGUACGCUGGGUCCCGAUGUCCGGUAGCUUCUCCUUCGACCGACUUGGUGCACGUGCUGUUGAGGGCGGACACGAGGACGACGGGACACCCUUGGCGAUUGCUCGUGCGCAUGCGAAGGAGCAUAGUGGGUUUAUGGGAAUUGGUGGAGGUGGUGAGAAGGGGUUGUAUCCUGGUAAGGCGAGCCCGAAGUUGAAUGGAGCGUAUGUUACGGUGGGCGAUAAGGAGGUUCAAGUUGAUGACUACGAAGUACUCGUAUACGCCUAAUCCAAAUCCUUACCCGGAACGAAGACAGUUAACUUUGUAUACGUGUGUGAGCUAAAGAAGGUUUUCUUGUACUGUAGCUGCUUCGGACAAAAGGAAAAAGACGUGAUAGUUCUUGAUGCCUUGAUGUAUGCAAUACAUUCAUUCAUAUAUCAAUACACUUGUAUUCCCGUACAUUCAGGUUAGCGCGGAUCCGCUCGGGCAGUACGUAAUGCCGUUAGUUAAUAGUUUGUCCAAUGUACAAACUAGAAUGGGAUGAUGCUCAUUAUAUGCAUCAUUCGAAGUCAAUGAUUAUUCC